GCGGUCCGCGGGGACGGCGUGGCUUCGUCCUCCCUCCCCGCUCCGGGAAAGGAGGAAAGUUGUGUUAGAGAAAGGAGAACAAUCCUCAAGAUAAAUUCUUGAAGAAAUUUAGACAUCACUGUGAUUUCAAGUUGGAGGAAAAGGAAGUGCCAGACCCUAGAGAUACAGUUGCUCUCAGAGACCCUAACUUCUUUUCCAGCUGAGCAGUGACUUCUGUGGUGUCUUGAGAGCAGGGAGAGAUCACGACAGUUCUCUUGGGAGAGCAGAUUCCAACAGGAGUGAGGCUGACCAGGAUGUUCAGCUGCCGGCCAAAACUGACCACAAUGAUGCCAAGCCACAAGCUUGGGGCACUGUUUAUCCUCAUAAUUUCAUUUGUGUUUUUUGCCUCUGUCAUGUUCUACUGGAGACCUGGGGAAGACGCUGAGGGGCAGCUCUACAGCAUGCCUACACAAAGAAGGUGCGAAGAGCUUUUGCCUCAUCUUCCCCUGCCCACUGCUGGUGGGCCCCCUCCUUCUCCAGGGGAUGUGUUUUUUGUGGAGACCUCGGAGCGAACUAAGCCAAGUUACCUGUUCACAUGCUCUGUGGAGUCAGCGGCUCGGAUGCACCCUGAAACAAGGGUUGUGGUGCUUAUGAAAGGCUUAGCAAAUGGUAACGCCUCCUUACCCAACCACUGGGGCUUCUCCUUGCUGAGCUGCUUCCCCAAUGUGGAAUUCCAGCCCCUGGACUUGCCAGAGCUUUUCUCUGGAACGCCUCUGGCAAAGUGGUACUCACAGUCUGAGCACCAGAAAGAACCUUAUUUCUUACCUGUCCUGUCUGACGCCAGCAGAAUUACCAUCAUGUGGAAAUUUGGUGGCAUCUACUUGGACACAGACUUCAUUGUGCUUAAGAACUUGAAGAACCUCACCAAUGCCCUUGGGUUGCAGUCUCAGGAUGUACUGAACGGAGCCUUUCUAUCCUUUAAGCCCAAGCAUGAGUUCAUACAGCUUUGCAUGCAGGACUUUGUGGAGAACUACGAUGGGUGGAUCUGGGCGCACCAGGGUCCACAUCUCCUAACGCGUGUCUUCAAGAAGUGGUGCUCCAUAAGUAAUAUCCAGCACAACAUCAGCUGCAAAGGGGUGCAUGCUCUUUCCCCAGAAGCCUUUUAUCCUAUUCGCUGGGAGGACUGGAAGAAGUUAUUUGAGGCAAUCAGCUCCUCAGAGCUCCACAAACUCCUUAAGGACACCUACGCAGUGCAUGUAUGGAACAAACUGAGCCAUGGGACAAGGCUAGAGAUCACAUCCCAGGCUUUGCUGGCUCAGCUGUAUUCUCAGUCCUGCCCAUCCACAUAUGAGAAAGUGAAGAAUGACUCCGAGGAGCAGUCAAGGCCUGUAAUGUGACCUGUUGGCUCCUGGCUCCAGGGGAGUUCCACAGUCUGAAGGGAGUGCUUUUCACCUUCCAUGGAGCAGGUAUUCUAUGUGACAGCUCAGUGAUUUUGUUCCAUUUCCAGUAUCUGCCUCAGAUGCAACAUGCUUCAAAUAUAGACCAGACCUGAAUUUGGACUCUAUUGUCCUCCAGUAGCCCUUGUUACUGCAGGGAAAGGUAAACUGAUGGGCACCUUUUGGUUGCUCCUCUGUUGCUGUUCUCUCAAUUGUAUCAGGCCUGAAAAGCCUCUCAUGUAGCAUCAACAGCUAUAGGAACUCUUGGCUUUCUGUCUGUAAUGUCUUCAAGUGUGUAAAUAAAGGCUAGCCAGUGUUACAGGACAGGGUUUAGAGGAGCUUAAUUCUCUGUGGUAAAGAUUCUUAUGGCUGGUGUCGUAUAUGGGAGUAUAUGAAAUUUGCUUUAAGAAAUGGAAAAUGUGUUAAAUCCCUGCUUGACUCAGUGUAAAGUUUUUCUUGUUUUCCAAAGUUACUUGAUUUCAAAGGAUUUUUUUUGUGUGUGUGUGUACUGUUUUACAUUCCACAGCAUGAGGCUGAAUUUGCUUGGCCUCUUUGGGAAAAGAAAUAGCCAAAAGCAGUUGUUUUAAUACUGUGAGUAAAGAUUCUUGCUUUGUUGAAGAAAUUCUUGUGGGAAUCUAGCCAGUCCUUGUCACACUCUCCAAGGGUCCCUGCAUUUGCCUGUUUCUGCAUUGCUACAAUAAGGAAAAGCAUUAUCUUCUUUUCAUUGCAGUAUUGAAUAAAUUGUGGAAGAAUAGCAGCAGAGAUGUCAACAUCAGCAGAAAGACCAGUGACCAGGUCCAAGACUAGAAGCAGUGUCUCCCGUGACAUCAUAUUACUGUCACUGGGGAUCCAGUCAAUGGGUGAUUCAUCUAACCUUAAUGCAGAUUACACAAGCAGAUAAAUGACUGCAGGCAUCACUGCCUGUAAUGGGAACACAGGUGACUGUAGCAUGGACUUCGAAAGUUAGGUGAGAUAAAGCCAAGAGUUGCUUCAAGAAAACACAGGCAAAGCCAAUGCAGUGAUAGACCUGCUGUUGAUCUGAUGACCGUUCUCACAUCUGAAUACAUUUCCUGUGUGUCUAGGGCACUAUAAUUGUAAAAACGCUUUUGAAUUUAAUCUAUGAUACAAUGAGAGGAGGAAAAAACACUGUGGUUCUUCUUGUGACAAAUCAAUGUUGCUGUCUGGAAGUCAAAGUGUAAGCAAUGUAUUUUUAUUGCUCUUUCAGAUAAGCAGUAUCAAAGAAAUAAGAGAAAUAUGUGUAUCAAUAAUGGCCUUUCCUAAACUCCAUUAUCAGCUGAAAAUUAGUGUUAUCAUGCAGUAAGACUUUAAUAUGAGUAGCAGUAUGUUUCAAAGUUUGUCAGACACUGAACCAUGGUACACUAUCAAUUAAACACUCUGUUGCAGACCAAAAAUGAGUAAGUUGUCAGCUUUUACUCAAAAUUAG